AUGACUACCAGAAAUGAGAAUAUUGCAAGGAUGAUGAUUAAUAAUCCAGCGCUAUGCAAUAUCCCCAAGUUAGAAACUUUGUCCAGUGAUGACUGUUGGCUUAUAUUUCAGCAGCAUGCAAAAGUAGAGUUUGACCUCGCUCAGAUGCGAGAUAAUAUUAUAGAAAAGGUCAAUGGAUUGCCUUUGGCCGCAAAAGCUCUAGGAGGUCUCCUUAAAAGUAUCCCAGACAAGAGCCAACGCCGAAAGAUAUUAGAGAGCAGUGUUUGGGGUGAGAAGAGCAGUGUUUUACCAGUUCUAAGGCUGAGUUACCAUCAUAUGCCAUCCUAUUUGAAGCGUGUUUUCUCUUAUUGUUCUGUACUUCCAAAAGAUUACAAGUUCAUGGAGAUGGAAGUUAUCUUACUAUGGAUGGCUCAGGGCUUUCUACCGGAAACCCAAAAUGAAAGAAUGGAAGAUAUGGGCCAUAAGUACUUCAAUCAUUUGGUAUCAAGGUCGUUAUAUGAACAAAUUCCGUCUGACGAAGGAAAGUACAUCAUGCAUGACCUCAUCCAUGAUGUGGCUCAGUUGAGUGCAGAAUUCAAAAGAAUGAAAAUGUUGCCACAAUCAAUCAAUAAUCUUUGGAAUCUCCAAACACUAUGCUUGAAAGGCUGUUACAAACUUGAGAGGGUUCCAUAUAUCGGAUCACUGAGUAAACUUCGCUACAUGUACAUUAGUGAAUUUUCUUUGAAGGAGAUGCCGCUUGGAAUUGAGAAAUUGACAAACAUGCAGACUUUGGAAAAAUUUGUGUUGGCAACGGGAAAGGUUGCGGAUGCACUUGAUGCCCAAUUGCAUAAAAAAAAGAGUCUUGAUGGGUUGUAUCUGAAAUGGGGAACUUAUGUAGAUGAGGUUGAUGACAAGACUAAUAGAGAUGUGGCUGAGAAGUUGCAGCCUCACAUUUCCAUCAAAAAAAGUGAGUUAGAUGGGUACAUGGGCUCGACAUUCCCAAGUUGGUUGGGAGAUCUCUCUUUCAGUAACAUGGUAGACAUUAAGUUGAAUAAGUGUCAAAAAUGUGAAUGCUUGCCUCCACUGGGGCAGCUAUCUACAUUAAAGAGUCUUUGGAUUGAAAAAAUGAAUGGUAUUAAGGAGUGGGUGCACCCACCAGUUGGGAACAACAGGGCAUUCCCCAUCCUUGAAAAGCUUUCUAUUAAGCAUUGUCCAUCAUUGCAAGGCGAUCUACCUCCUCAUUUGCCUUCUAUUAGAAAAUUGGGAAUCAUUGAAUGCAGGCGACUAGAAUCCUUGGAAUUGAAGAAUUUGUCUUCCUCAACAUGUCGUCUUGAAGUACUCUAUGUUAAAGGAUGUGAGUCUAUCGUCUUUAUUGGUCAUAUUCCCUUGACUCUACAACCGUUGGAGAUUGAUGAUGGUGAGAAAUUAGGAUGUGUAGAUUAUGAUGAACAAACUAUAAAUCUGUCUGCUAGAAGUGACAAUGAGAAAGCCCUAAAGAGUGAACAACCUACAAAGGUUUCUUUGGAGCUUCCUCUUCUCACUGAAUUGAGAAUAGAAAGAUGUCCAAGUCUAAGAUCAUUACAAGAAAACCUGCUUCUUCCAGCUUUAAAAAUCUUCACUUGUGGGAUUGCAGAAAUAUGGAAAGGCUUCCCGCUCAAUUGCACAAUUUUAACUCCCUCCAACGAUUUUAUAUUAAAGAAUGCCCUAAAAUCCAUUGCUUAG